AUGUCACCUUUAAGAUUUUCUUUAGUUGAACAAAAACGUGAACUUUGUGAAAUAAAUGAGAAGGAACUAACCAUUUCUAAUGUUGACCUUGCACAAAAAUAUAAUAUCAGAAAAUCUACAAUUACUGAUAUUUUAAAUGAAAAGGAUCAUUGGCUUGCAAUUUUAAGAGACCAAAGAAAAAUUAAAAAAUUUCGCAGUCUAAAAUGGCCUCAACUUAAAGAUGUACUUAGUCUUUAA